UACAAUUCCCACCCCCCCCCCAACAAAACCCCAAAUCUCUCUCUCACCCACACAACCACAAACACACAAACCAAAAACACACAAACACAAAGAAAGAGACAAAGCCAUGGGGGUCAUCAAGAUAAUAUUGGUCAUAGCAACAACCAUGGCUUUGUCUAUCACUCUCAUGACCGUGAAAAGGGUCGGUUAUGGAGAAGCAGAACAAGAAGGAAAAACCCCUUUCACCGACUCGUGGAAAGAGCAACCGGAGGUCGAUGAAAACACCUUGCUACUACCUUCCAAGAGGGUGAGUCGUUUCCUAGCUGAAAAUGAUCUGGUUGACAGAAACCCUAGAGCAGCUGACCAUUGCCACAAAGACAAUGAGGUAUGUGCCUACACGCCGCCAGGAUAUAAGAACUCGACGUGUUGCAACAACAAGUGCCUGGACUUGUCCGAGGACAAGAACAACUGUGGUGCAUGCAGGAAGAAGUGCAAGUACACUGAAUCGUGCUGUAGAGGAGAGUGUGUGAACACGAAUUAUGACAAGAGGCAUUGUGGCCAGUGCAACAGUCCCUGCAAGUUUGGGCAGUACUGUGUAUAUGGUCUUUGCAAUUAUGCGUGAUUAAGGUGAUCCAUUAGUACUCCUGAGGUUCGUAAUUUGAUUUGAUUAUGCAAUAAAAAUCACAAUAAAAAAAAUAAGAAUUGGUGGUUCUCAAUUAAUUAUAUACAUUUAUAUAUACAUAGUUUUUUUUUUUUUUUCAAUUAUACCGUCCUCGAAUACUUUCUCUGAAUGUAAUGAUCGAUGUCAUAACUUUAUCUAAGAACUUAUUUUACGAGCUCAGACUUUAAAUCAAUAGUUUUUAUAUUAUAUAGUUACACAUUUUUUGUUUUUUAGAGAUGUAUUGCUAAUUACAGUCAACAUAUGGAGACAACUGUAAAGUUUGCUUCUUGAAUAUAA